AUGGCAGAACUAAUCACUGCUAUUGAGAACAGAACCAUAUUCAUCAUAUUGGUUUUCUUGUCAUGUGUUGUUUCAUUAUCUUAUGCCGCUUCUGACUCUGAAUUGCUCCUCAUGGUAAAGGACAAUCUAGAAAAAGAUGCCACAUUAUUGACAUCAUGGAACACAACAACAUCUCCUUGUAACGGCGAUAAAUCCAACUGGCGCGGCGUUCGUUGUUAUAAUGGAAAAGUUUGGGGAUUGAAACUUGAGAAUAUGGGGUUAAAAGGGUUCAUUGAUUUUGAUUCUCUUAAGAAGCUACCAUAUCUUAGAACUAUUAGUUUCAUGCAUAAUGAUUUUGAUGGUGCUUGGCCUGAGAUUAACAAACUCGUCGGUCUUAAAUCGGUUUAUCUUUCGAAUAACAAAUUCUCCGGAGAUAUUCCUGCUGAUGCUUUUGUAGGUAUGCAGUGGUUGAAGAAAAUUUAUCUGUCAAAUAAUCAGUUUACCGGUUUUAUUCCACCUUCUAUUGUUUUGUUGCCAAAGCUUAUGGAAUUGAGAUUGGAUGGAAACAAAUUCACUGGUCCUAUUCCUCAUCUUAAGCAAUCUUUGAAAUCAUUCAAUGUAGCUAAUAAUCAGUUGCAGGGUCCAAUCCCAACCACACUUGAUAAAAUCCAAGCUUCUUCCUUCGCAGGGAAUGAAGGUUUAUGCGGAGCACCAUUAGCAGCAUGUGCUGCAAAGAAGCCAUCGAUCGCAAGUAUUUGUAUGGUGGUUGUGGUUGUUUGUGUAGCAUUGAUUGUGAUUGGAGUCACAGUGUUUUUCAUCCUUCAUCGAAGAAGAAACCGAGAGCCAUCAUCGACUCUCGAGAAUCCGCCUUCAGGCCACCAUGGCAACAAAAUAGGAUAUAAAGAUGCGGGUAACGACAGUAUAAGGUCAACAAGAUCGUCGGGUUCGAGCCGUAGUAAAAAAGCAGAUCAGAUGAAGUUGUCGUUUAUAAGAGACGACAGAGAGAGAUUUGAUCUGCAAGAGUUGUUGAGAGCUUCUGCCGAGAUUUUGGGAAGUGGUUGUUAUAGUUCUUCUUAUAAAGCUUCUUUGGUGAAUGGACCAAAAAUAGUGGUGAAGAGGUUUAAACAAAUGAAUAAUGUAGGGAAGGAAGAGUUUCAAGAGCACAUGAGAAGGAUUGGAAGAUUGAAUUGUCCUAACUUGAUUCCUCUUGUUGCUUACUAUUAUAGAAAAGAAGAGAAGCUUUUAGUUACUGAUUUUGUUCAGAAUGGAAGUCUAGCCGUUCGCCUUCAUGGACAUCAAGCUCUAGGAGAACCAAGCCUUGAUUGGCCAACAAGGUUGAAAAUAGUGAAAGGAGUAGCAAGAGGUCUUGAAAAUCUCUACAAAGACAUGCCAAGCCUAAUAGCCCCUCAUGGAAAUCUCAAAUCCUCAAACGUCCUUCUAUCAGAAACAUUCGAACCGAUCAUCACAGACUACGGACUAGUCCCCGUCACCAACCAAGAAAUGGCCAAAGACAUAAUGGUAAUAUACAAAUCCCCAGAAUAUCUUCAACAUGGAAGAAUCACAAAGAAAAGUGACGUUUGGUCACUUGGAAUACUAAUACUAGAGAUCCUAACUGGUAAAUUUCCAGCUACAUUCUUACAACAAGGGAAAGGAAGUGAGGUGAGUUUAGCAAAUUGGGUGUACUCAGUAGUACCUGAGGAAUGGAAUAGUUCAGUGUUUGAUAAAGAAAUGGGUGACACAAUGAAUGGUGAGGGUGAGAUGGAUAAGCUUUUGAGAAUUGCAUUGACUUGUUGUGAAGAAGAUAUUGAGAAAAGAUGUGAUUUGAAAGAAGCUGUUGAGAAAAUUCUACAAAUCAAUGAGAGAGAUGUUGUUGAUGAUAUAAUAGACAUGAAAUGA